AUGAACGAGCUGGACAGUUUGCGUCAGGAGGCUGAGACGCUCAAAAAUGCUAUACGGGAUGCGAGGAAGGCGGCGUGCGACACGUCGCUGGCGCAGGCAACGGCCAACCUGGAGCCGAUCGGCCGCAUCCAGAUGCGCACGCGGCGGACGCUGCGCGGACACCUCGCCAAGAUCUACGCGAUGCACUGGGGCAGUGACUCCAGGAACCUAGUGUCGGCCAGCCAGGACGGCAAGCUGAUCGUAUGGGACAGCCACACCACUAACAAGGUGCACGCGAUCCCUCUACGUUCAUCUUGGGUGAUGACCUGCGCGUACGCACCCUCCGGCUCGUACGUCGCUUGUGGUGGACUAGACAACAUCUGCUCCAUCUACAGCCUGAAGACCCGCGAGGGCAACGUGCGCGUGUCCCGCGAGCUGCCAGGCCACUCGGGCUACCUGUCGUGCUGCCGCUUCCUCGACGACAACCAGAUCCUCACCAGCUCUGGGGACAUGACAUGCGCUCUAUGGGACAUCGAGACGGGCCAGCAGUGCGGGCAGUUCACGGGACACACGGGCGACGUGAUGUCGCUGUCGCUGGCGCCCGACCAGCGCACCUUCGUGUCGGGCGCCUGCGACGCGUCCGCCAAGCUGUGGGACAUCCGCGACUGCCAGUGCAAGCAGACCUUCCCCGGACACGAGAGCGACAUCAACGCGGUCACGUUCUUCCCGUCGGGGUUCGCGUUCGCGACGGGGUCGGACGACGCCACGUGCCGCAUGUUCGACAUCCGCGCAGACCAGGAGCUGGCCAUGUACUCGCACGACAACAUCAUCUGCGGCAUCACCUCCGUUGCCUUCUCCAAGUCGGGCCGCCUGCUGCUGGCCGGCUACGACGACUUCAACUGCAACGUCUGGGACUCCAUGAAGAGCGAGCGCGCCGGUAUCCUGGCGGGUCACGACAAUCGCGUGUCGUGCCUGGGCGUCACCGAGAACGGCAUGGCCGUGGCCACCGGCUCCUGGGACUCAUUCCUCCGCAUCUGGAACUAA